AUGAACAUCAACCUGUGGAGAAUAGCGCAGCAAGAAGGAUUUCCCGACGAAAGAAAGACGUUGUUGAAAAACAGUGAACUACCCCAAUCGGAAUGGCACCGAAUUGAACGUUCCAGCCCACUCUACAGGUUGGCUCCAUUUUUGGAUGCGGAAGGCGUAAUCCGGAUGGAAGGUCGAGCAGCGUACGCAGAGUUCAUCUCGUUCGAGCAGCGUUUCCCAAUUGUACUCCCGAAAGGCCACGACAUUACAUCGAAACUCCUUCUACACUAUCAUAAAAAGUUUGGCCACGCGAACCGUGAAACAGUUGUGAACGAGCUGCGUUUGAGAUUCUACGUUCAAAAUAUUCGUGCGGCCAUUUUGCAAGUAAUUAAGGACUGUUCCUGGUGCAAAGUCAACAAGUGUGUACCUGCGGUUCCUAGGAUGGCUCCGUUACCGGUGCAGCGUCUCACUCCUCAGUUACGGCCGUUUAGUUAUGUAGGAGUGGACUACUUCGGCCCUGUAGUUGUUACAGUAGGGCGACGCUCAGAAAAAAGGUGGAUUUGCCUUUUUACUUGUUUGGUCACCCGGGCAAUCCACAUGGAAAUCGCCCAUAGCCUGAGCAGCCAAUCUUGUGUCAUGGCAAUCCGGCGGUUCAUUUGCAGAAGAGGGACUCCGUUGGAGAUUUUUUCCGACAACGGAACCAAUUUUCAAGCGGCGAGUAAGGAGUUGGCUCAGAAAGUUCAAUGUAUCGAGACGGAAUGUGCAGAUAUCUUUACGGAUGCCAGGACCCGUUGGAGUUUCAACCCCCCUGCAGCACCGCACAUGGGCGGUAUAUGGGAGCGAUUGGUGCGUUCAGCAAAGGAGGCACUAAAGGCUCUACACGAUGGUGGUAAAUUAACUGAUGAGAUCCUGUUGACUGUGUUAUGUGAAGCUGAAGAUAUGGUGAAUUCUCGUCCGCUAACGUACGUGCCCCAAGAAUCAGCUGACUGCGAGGCUUUGACUCCUAACCACUUUUUGCGCGGUUUGCCUUCUGGAGUGCGCGAAGAGGCCAAUUUGCCAACAACUUCGGCUGAAGCGUUGCGGGAUAGCUACAAGCGGUCUCAACAAUUGGCGGACAUCUUAUGGACGAGGUGGCUAAAAGAAUACAUUCCAACAAUCAACCAUCGAACCAAAUGGAUAGCCGAGCAAGAACCUGUCGUAGAAGGUGAGCUAGUCUACAUAGCCGACGGAAACAACAGAAGGACCUGGAUUAGGGGUAAGGUGGAGAAGGUGAUACGAGGCGCUGAUGGACGAAUUCGGCGAGCAUUAGUGAGGACCUCAAAAGGAAUUUAUCGACGACCAGUUGCCAAACUUGCGGUGAUGGAGUUGAGAAGUAAAUCUGGCCAGGAUCAUAGGACCGGGUCAGAGUUACGGGAGGGGGAAUUGUUACCACCACCGCUGGGCCCAACUCAACGGGCCUAUCUGUCUGAACCGAAAGAUCGUGCUACAGAUAGUCUGCCAACACUGGGCACGGAUUGACGUUGUCAUAUGGACGUGAAGGUUUAGAGUAUAAGUGACAGAUCAUAAUUGAAACACGUUGCGAUUGGUACAAAAAUUAUACUAUAUUUACCAAGUUUAGCAAACGAUUAAUUAGCGAGUUUUUCUUUAUAUUCGAUAAGUAAGUGGUUCAGGGAAUUUUUGAAUAAGAGAUUUAUGAAGUUUCCUAAUUAAAAUUGAAAUUAUAGGUCGAGUAUUACCAAGAAUUUGCGAGAAACAAUUUGUUCAACCGACAAGUUAAAAAAGAAGAUCAUUAAUUUUUGAGCUGUGCGAAAAAGUCGUCUGCUGCAGAAAUUUCUUCAUUACGGUGAGAACAAAUUAGCUUGUUAUCGUUUGCAGAACAUCCGAUUAGGCAGUAUAAAAUUUAAACAAUGUACACGGAGAAAGUUCCUGAAAUUGAGCGGGACUCAGUAAAGCGCAUUCAGAUUACCCUUUUCAAACAAAUCAUCACCCCGCAAAUUUCCUACAAAUUACAUACGGACAGGCCAAGUCAGCCCAAGUCAACCCAUUAUCAACGCGUGUGUGAUUCAAUCUAGUUGCAUCGUGCGCAUGAUCGGACCGUGAACAACUAAACAGUACUACA